UUGGGAAGUGGAGCGGAGCGGAGCACCAGCGGUUUGCGUGAGCAGUACAAACGCUCAUGCUGGGAUGACAGAAAGAAACACGGCAACACCCAUUCGGUGCAGGCAGUGGUUAGGCUUGACUUUUUCUAUCGGCUAUAGUCCGGUUUAGUCCGUUUCACAGUUGGGAGUCGCCUUUCGUCUGAAUCCUGUUCCUCGAGACCAUGCAUCAGAAGUAGUUCGCUACCUCUUCCUUCCGAAAUCGCACAUUUACUUUGGCGAUGCUGGGGGGUAACCGCAACUUUACAUUGCUGUGAAACUUGAUCUAAAUGGUUCGAAACCACAGCACGUGACGUUACCGGGCUUGCAAACACACGGAAUAUGCCGCUAAACAGCAAAUAAUUCGACGAUGUAAAAUCGAUGUGGAUGCAAUUGAAUAAAAAUGGAUGGUCGUGUUUUUAUUAUGUUUGAAUGUGAGGGAGUUUCCUUCUGAUGGACACAAGUCAAGCACAGCAGGUUACAGGACUACUCUUAAACGGGUGACUUUCUUGCCCCGGCCACCUAGCCACUGAGGCUCCGCCCCCUGACCGUGAUAGGCCCCAAACCCAAGCCGCACCCAUGUAUCAGGAAGUGGCCUUCCUCGCCGGCAGCACCGAGCGCCAGUUCACCACCUUCCACUUCAACCACCUGGAGAACCUGCACGAGAUCACCACCAGCAAGGGCGUCUUCUACAAGCGGGCCAAGCUCCUGGAGCGGGACGAGGACCUGUACCGGCGCCCGCGCCUGGGGGACGGCCGCGGCGGCUCCGCCAUCAUCAACGUCGGGGGCAUCAAGUUUCGCAUCCCCUGGACCACGCUGGACGAGUUCCCCCUCACCCGGCUGGGUAAGCUGCGUAGCUGCAACAACCACGACGAGAUCAUGGACGUGUGCGACGACUACGACGUCAGCCGCAACGAGUUCUUCUUCGACCGCAACCCCAGCGCCUUCCGCACCAUCGUGACGUUCCUGGCGGCGGGGAAGCUCCGGCUGCUCCGCGAGAUGUGCGCCCUCUCCUUCCAGGAGGAGCUGCUCUACUGGGGCGUGGAGGAGGAGAGCCUGGAGUGGUGCUGCCUGCGCAAGCUCCGCCUCCGGCAGGAGGAGCAGCGGGAGGCGCAGCGGGAGGAGGCGGAGCUGGCGUCCCCGCCCAGCGACGAGCAGGCGCCCAGCACGCACUCGGACGAGGGCCGCAUGGCAGGAUGCAUGCGCCGCCUCAGGGACAUGGUGGAGAACCCGCACUCCGGCCUGCCCGGGAAGAUCUUCGCCUGCCUGUCCGUCAUCUUCGUCGCCAUCACCGCCGUCACGCUCUGCGUCAGCACCAUGCCUGACCUGCGGGCCGAGGAGGAGAGGGGCGAGUGCUCUCAGAGGUGCUAUAACAUCUUUGUGCUGGAGACGGUGUGCGUGGCCUGGUUCUCCCUGGAGUUCCUGCUGCGCUUCAUCCAGACCCAGAGCAAGUGCCUCUUCCUGCGCACGCCCCUCAACGUCAUUGACGUGGUGGCCAUCCUGCCCUACUACAUCACGCUCAUCGUGGACUCGCUGUCUGUCGGGGAGAAGCCGGCCGGCUCGGGCAACAACUACCUGGAGAAGGUGGGGUUGGUGCUGCGGGUGCUGAGGGCCCUGAGGAUCUUCUACGUCAUGCGCCUGGCCCGUCACUCCCUCGGCCUGCAGACGCUGGGCCUGACAGUGCGCCGCUGCACCCGCGAGUUCGGCCUGCUCCUCCUCUUCCUCUGCGUCGCUAUGGCGCUCUUCGCCCCGCUGGUCUUCCUGGCGGAGAGCGAGAUGGGCGCCAAGCAGGAGUUCACCAGCAUCCCCGGGAGCUACUGGUGGGCCGUCAUCUCCAUGACGACGGUGGGCUACGGGGACAUGGUGCCGCGCAGCAUCCCCGGCCAGGUGGUGGCGCUCAGCAGCAUCCUGAGCGGGAUCCUCCUCAUGGCCUUCCCCGUCACCUCCAUCUUUCACACCUUCUCCCGCUCCUACCUGGAGCUGAAGGAGGAGCAGAGCCGGGCGUCCCGGCAGAAGCCCGACUCGCAGGACAGCACCAAGUCCCAGAACAGCGAGGACUCCCAGGAGACGGACAGCUCCUUCCCGGCCAUCAUCGACGCCUCCGUGCACAGGAAGUCCAUCGCCAUGGCGACACAGAAGGCCCUGGAGAGCAGGAAAUUGCCGAAGACCUAACGCAGAAACCGCCCCCCCGCUGGGGGGGGGGGAGAGAGGCGGAUUUGAGUCAAAGUGCAGCCACUUAGGGAACCGUGUGUUGGACAGUUGGUCACGCACUUCGACAGACGAACGAGUGUCUGAAAAGGCGGGACACUUUCACGGAAAAGUACUUUUUCCCAGGCUAGGACAACAAAAGUCGUUUUACGGACGUGUAACGGUUGAUUUAUCCACUGCAGAUAGAAAUAACUGCUAUCAAUUAAACGCUACUCACAGGACUUGCCUGUCACCUUGCUUUCUGCAGAAGUGGAGUAUGGCUCCACAGCAUGGUAUGGAGAACAGAGGGAACAUUCUGUUCGACUAGAAGGGACUCACUCAGCAGCCUUGUAGAAAGCUAUCAUCAUGGAAUAAAAAGAAUCCUAUUCAAAAAUGCUCAUUUUGGUAAGUGUGCACUGAGCCACAGUAAGGAAAUUGUUCUGUAUAAUUGACGCAUUUACAAAAAUUUU